AUGCCACGAGAUAUUCGGUGUGUUAAACGAUCUCUUAUCGAUGGUUUAUUAGAAAUCUAUCGUUCGAAUCGUUUUCUUGCUCUGUGUUCAUUUCUUCUUAUUUUAUUCAUCUCAUCGGUGAUUCCAUUGUCAAUUAUCUGGCUAAUUCAAACGCUUUUUCUGGACAUUCGAAUUAUUCCGAUUUCAUCGCCAUAUUUAAGUACAAUUCUAACGAUAUGGUCUACAGUGGAGGUUCUUUUCUUGGUUUAUCAGGCUUAUUUAUAUUCGCGUAUACAACGACUUACUCCUACACCUUAUCUAUCAGCUGCAGAACGCGAGCAAAUAGUAUCAAAUGUAUUAGCUAAUAUAAAAGAUAUGCCCCGAACGUUAAGCAAGUGGUUUAUGGACCAUCCGUUUGAAGAUAUUAGUCGUCAAAGUGUAAUCAACUGGUUGGCAUUUGCAUUUUACUCGAAAAAACAUCACGAUUUAGACGAAAAUGAUUUGGAAGAACUUAAUCAACUCCUGGCAAAAGUCGAAAAUGCCCAUCAAUUAACUAUUUCAAAUGAUUCAUCGAUCGAUCAAGUUCCUUACAUGAAGCAUAUCCUCGAUCCUGUCCAUAUAAUAUUCCGCCCAUUCGUAUUCUAUUUCGUUACCGAUACAUUAUUAAACAGCAUCCUAGCGACAAGUAUCUUCUAUCUGAAAGGCUAUCAGUUCGUUCAAAUAGGCCAUCUUCCAUUUUGGACGUAUCAUGAUGAAACAUCAAAUGACAACAACGAACCAGAAGAAGAGCCCAUUAUCUUCUUUCACGGAAUCGGUGCUGGAUUAUUGAUGUACCAACCAUUUUUCACACGUAUUCAUAAACAAUUCUCUCGACGACGACGUAUCAUUUUAAUAUCGCUACGAUGUAUUUGUAUGCGAUAUCCAACAUUAUCAGAUAUUCCAAACAUGUCCGAAACUGUUGACUCUAUUCGAUUAAUAUUCGAACAUUACAAAAUGAAAAAAGCUAUUUUCAUCGGUCAUAGGUCAGAUUUGAUUUACACUAUAUCGCCUCUAUUUCGGUUGUUUUUGUUUAGUUAUGGUACGGCAUGUUUAUCAUGGAUUGUUCAAAAAUGUCCGCAAUACAUCUCACGAUUGAUCUUUCUCGAUCCAAUUUGUUUUUCAUUAUUCGAACCUUAUGUCAUCUACAAUUUUGUCUAUCGAAAACCGUACAAACUAGGACACCUUUAUAUGUACUACUUUGUUUGUCGAGAAUUAGGUAUAUCUUAUGUGAUAAGUCGUCAUUUUUGGUGGACACAAAACAAUUUNGGUGUUCGAAAUGUUGUUGUCGUCGUUGUUUGUCCUAUUGUUGUCGACGGACAACAAUAA